GAUGGGAGGGGGCGAAGGAAUUUCUAUGCUCAAGAAUGAAACUUUAAGAUCUAUUUCAUUAAACUUUGAAAAAGAAUUAGGGUUAGAAAAGGUUGAUUUUAAAUCCCUAAUCAUGUCUAAGUUCAUAACCUUUAUUGGGAUUUUGGUAGAAAAUCCAGGCACAAAGGCUCGUGCUGACAGGUGUAUACAGCCUCAUAAUAUUAUGGCCGAAUGUAACGAAGAUAAAUUAUGCCAAAGCGCUAAAAAGAUAUCUGUAAUGAUGCAGAAAAUUCGAAGCGAACUGCAACAAAUGCAAGUACAAGAUAAGCGAAUUUUAAAUACUCUUCAGCAGUGCAAGCAAUUAUUAAGGGAGUGCUCUCAUUUUGUUAAGAAUCAAUUGUCUUAUGAUAGUUGCGAGAAUCUCGUCAAGCCUGAACCAAUAGUAUCUAGCAGGAAUGUCAGACAUGUCAACUCUUUACCAGAUUUAUUAGAGGAUACGUCGUUAAAUGAAAGUGUUCAAAGUUUUAGAAGAACUGCUGCUGUGGAGAAUUUAUACGAAGAGAGUGAAAGCUUACAUUUUUCAAGUUCUAUUACGUUUAAUCCAGGUGUUGAAAUGAGUGAAGAGAUAAUUGUCUAA